GUGACAAUACUUUGUAUUACUCAUCUUGACUGUAUAUCAAAAUGGCCCAAACUCCUAUCAGUGUACGUGCUACCGAUGUCGUCCACAGACUCACCGUCUUGGGGUUGCUUGGUUUCUCCGCCGUAGUGGCAGGAAGUGUAUGCUACAACGUGUACAUGAACUCCGACUACGCCACCAUGAACAGAAACAAAUUGAAGUUCAACAAGUCUGAAGCUGACGAACACAGAGCGCAACUUAACCAGGAAAAGUAAAUGGAUUCUCCAAUACAUAUUCCGAAAGAUCCGGCCUGUGGCUGGUAUUGAUGUACAUAGUAAUUUAGUUCUGAAUAUAAACAGAUCGCUUUAAAAA